UUGUGUGUAUCAUCACCUCCAGGUGUGUGAGCCCCACCUAUAGUCUGAGGGAGGGACACAGAGAGAAAGAGAGACAGGAGGGGUCUGAAAGGAAGGUAUGAGUAGUGCUGCAGGUUUCGCUGCUCUUGCCCGACCUGUUGAUGCAAGGUGAAAACAAUCCUCUCUCCCAGUGGCUUCAGACCUCAGCGACUCCAUCGCUUCCCACUCUUCCUCAUGUUGUGCUCUUCCUGUUACCUCGUGCUGGCAGAGAUAUGGGCAAAUCAUCAGCAUAGGAGGUGCAUGGCUUCACGCUAAGCAGCCGCCGAACGGAGAGUUCAUCGCAACGCUUCCAGCCAAACUUCAAUUCAAGACUUUUGGAGUGGGAUUUAGAGGUGGAAUCGGGGAAGUGUUUAGACUCACUUUUACCUGAGGAUAAAAGGAGAAAAGACCUUCUAUAUCAAAAGGACACAGGAAGGACUGAAUCCCCAUGUGGACUAUGAAUAUUGCCUUUUCAUCCGAGAAAUCCCUGUUCCCCCUCCUCCUCCUCUUCUACGUCCCUCUCACCUGUCUAUGCCAGUCAACCAAUGGCAGCUCAGUCAAUACCACAACCAACACCCCAACCACUUCCUCUCCUUCCUCAAAUGUCACCCUGAAGGGUGUGCCAGGCUGCGACACAGGACUGCACCCAAUCUAUAGGUACCUGUGUGACCGUUGGGCAGCAUGGGGUAUUGUACUGGAGACCCUGGCCUCUUCAGGAUUCUUGUUCAGCAUGGUUCUCCUCUUAGGCCUGCUGCUCUGGUCCCUGUGGAUCUGUAUUUCAUCAAAGCAACGCAGCAACAUCGGAGGCCCAGUGGCCUGCAUGUCCAUGUUCUUGUUGGCCACAGCUGGGAUCUUUGCCAUCACCUUUUCCUUCAUCAUCCGCCUCACCCCUCAGACCUGCCCCACCAGGCUCUUCCUCUUUGGCGUGCUCUUCUCCCUGGCCUUCUCCUGUCUGCUGGCUCGCUGCCUUGCUCUGCUGGGCUUCACAGCUGCCCGGGGCUGGGGGGAGCCCGCCCUGGCCCUGGGGCUCUUCACCGUGCAGGUUAUCAUCUCUACAGAGUGGCUGAUCCUUGUGUUGGUCCGGGACAAGAAACCUUGCGAGUACAGCCAGGAGGAAUUUGUCAUGCUGCAGAUCUACGUGCUGUGCCUCCUGGCUAUCAGCUUGGUCCUCUCCCUGCACUUCCUGUGCCGCUCCUGCUUCACAUACAGCUAUAGCUACACAGGGCCAGCCCACCAGCAGUGGAGGAUGCAGGCCACGCUGCUCUGCCUCACACUGUUUCUCUGCGCCUGCAUCUGGGUGGUGUGGAUCACCAUGCUCACCAGGGGAAACCCCGAGGUGAGCCGUCGGCCAAAAUGGGAUGACCCAGUGAUUAGCAUCGCCUUGGUGGCAAAUGGCUGGGUGUUACUGAUGGGGCACGGGUUGUCCCAGGUUGCCCUCCUCUGCAGGGGGCAGGCAAGAUCCAAGGAUAUCCCUCUGAGCUUCGCAGGCUGGACCAGCCCCAGUGCUGAUAUCCCAGGACUGAACAGCCCGAAGGAAGGGAAAGAAAACGGAAGCUUUGAGAGUGAGGGUGAGAACAGGAGAGGCAGGAGAACUGAGCAAUCGCUGCGAUCGCCCUACGAGUCGGAAUUCUCCAUGACAGAAAUCGACACUGACAAAGAUUUCACCAUCCCACGCCCUCAGACCACCAACUACAGGGAGCCUUAUGAUGAAUAUUACGGACAUGAUUAAAUUCACACUCAUUUUCAUGUCUGGGUUUUACACACACACAUACACACACACACACACACAUAAACUGAUGGUGACCCAACUCAUGCACUAAUCUGUACCUAAAGCACUUGGCACAAAAAUAAGAUUUUCUAGGUUUCAUUUUCUUCAUUUCAUUCAAAUGUAAAUAUAUCCGUUUAGUGUUAGAAGAAAUGUUAUUUCAAAUCUGCCAUUAGGAUGUAAAAUCCUCUGUCCCAAACAGAAGAAAGAAGAAAAGACUCAGCAGUAUGACUCAUCUGCUUGAGUUUCCUCAUCUGGAUGAUGUUGGGUUCAGAUAGUGCAGCUUUCUUCUGGCGGGAAAUCCACAUCACAAAUGCUUAGUGGAAGUGAGUCUCUAUAUGAUGGUGUGUGUGUGCACAUUGUGUGCUACUCUGAGAUGGUAUCUAAUAGCCCUGAGGUAACAGAAGAAGCGUGAAACUGUCACUCUUAAGGUGCCAAACUGCUGAGCAGAGCAGAGGCAUCUGUGAACGGUGGGGGUGGGGGGUGAAAGGAGGAGGAACGAGAGGAGAGGGAGGGAGGGAGAAUAGAUGAGAUGAGACAAGACAGGAGGAGGGUAGGACAGGAGACCUGGCAGCACCGUGGGAGGCUAGUGCCAUCACUGAUUAACAUCUUCAUAUUCAAAGUUACAUUACAGUUGCUGUGUUCUGUUGGCGCUGCUGCACCAAAAACAAGGGAUGGGUUCUGCGUGCGUAGAAAGAUAGAGGUAUAUAUAUACACAAGGUGCGCCUCAUUCCGGCAAUACAUAUUCUGAUGAUUUUCUACACGUUUGUGACAAAUGUUAUCAAUAAAAAGGUUCAUCAAAACCCAGAUUUGUUUGUUAUGUUCUCAAAGCUCAACCUUUGCUUCUACCCACUCACUAUCUGCACAGAUGGCACACCAAAGGCCAAUUACUCGCUCAACCAGAUUCAGUGCCAUGCCUCCAGGCAACUGCUGCAAACUGGAGACUCCAACCAUACAGGGAGGAAGGGUGUAGUACCAGAGUUUAGCCACCAGGAGGCAAUGUCUAGGCGUAGCAAGUGAGACUGGCCUGCUCAGGGUGGAUGAGACAAAACUAGUCAGAAGUGACUACCACACUUCUCAAGACAUAUACUGUCUGAAAGAAAAAGUUGGGUGUUUUAGCAAUAGUAGUAUAAUACCUAUAACCCCUCUUGGAUAUGAUAUCACAGCUGUCAGUAUAUCAUUCACACAACAGACAAUAUGUAACAUUUAAAUAAACUAUAGUUUCAGAUAGAAUCAGUUUGUGAUGUUUAUUUUUCUCCCACAGUGGCCUGUAGUGAGUGCCAUCCACAAAGGUCAAUUCCUCACUUCAAUAGAUGCAAUCUUCACACAUCUCUCUCUUAUCAGACAGCCUUCAAUCUAUUCUUCCAAUUAGCCCGACUUCAAUUACUCAGAGGCCAUGCCAUCAAAUUGGCAAUUGGCCUCUUGUGCAUUAGAGCAAUUAGCAGGGAUAUGAAGUUUCCCGCCACAUCCAACCCAUUCACGGCCAUUAACUCCAGAUGCAAUUAAAGAUUGUUCCAGAUUGUUCCCCCCUGGCAGCGAUGAGAAAGUUGGAGGUGGCGGAGGAGCUUAUCGCGCAGUAGAUUUGGUCAAUGCAACCAGGCUGAGCGGUAUUAAUCGUGUGCAAUUGUUGCCUCCAUCAAUCAUCUGACUCACACUGGCUAAUGCACCAUUGAGAAGGAAAAGUUUCUGCACAGCCUGAGAAGUGAUUCUUUGGUUAUCCUGUUAUCAAAAGGUUGCAAUUGUUAGUUGUUUAAUCAAAAAGUUCUCCUUUAUCUCCUUUUGGUGUAGGGUUUUGUACUGCAGUCUCUCUCCUGAUUGGAUAACCUCAUUCCAGCCAAACACUGUAAAGAAAAUGAUAAGCUUUAAACAAUCGUGGGAAGGAAAUACCAUAAUGGUUAGCAGCUCCAAAAUCAAGAAGCAUAUCUGGGAGUGUGCUGUAUCACCUCCUGAUAACCAUUGGUGCACAAUGUUAAACCUGAGAAAAGCAUGGGGCACAGGUAAUAAGCAUUCAAAGACCAGUAUAAAAACCAAACAGUUUAUUUAUUAUAUACAUUCAAUAAUAAUGAAGAGAAUAAACAGAAGGCAGACACAAGGAUGGCAAAAUAAAACAUUGUGAGAAAAUACAUGUCACUUAUUGAAAAAAAAUCACUUGGAUAAAUGAGCUUUUAAGAGCAUGUGACAUAAAAAACUCCACAUGCAAUUCAAACUCAUUUAUUAAAUCCCUGUACAAAAAAAAAAAAA